AUGAGCUGGCUCAGGCAGCUCUUCUCCAGGUGGCACGAGGAUGUUUCCUUGUUCAGUACACAUGUACCACUCUUCUCACGCAUGUCGUCUGAAGACGAGCAUUUAAUCUCGAACUUGAGGAGCCAUGUACCAGCCUGUGCCGUGGUGGAGCAGCCUAUCCGCAGAGCCAGUGGCAGGACCACAGUCACAGCCAUUGUUCCAACUGGUGGGGACUGGAGCACCGGCCUCUUCAGUGUCUGCAGAGACAGGAAAAUCUGUUUUUGUGGUCUGUUUUGUCCCAUAUGUCUUGAGUGUGACAUUGCCAGGCAUUAUGGAGAAUGUCUUUGUUGGCCACUGUUACCAGGGUCUACCUUUGCAUUGAGAAUUGGCACCAGAGAGAGACAUAAGAUACAGGGCACCCUCUGUGAAGACUGGAUUGUGGUGUAUUGCUGCUGGCCUUUCUCUGUGUGUCAGGUGGCCCGAGAACUCAAGAUGAGACCCUCCCAACUCUACGAAAUCUGUGAAGUCCCCACACCCAAGGAUAGCCUGGUUUGA